CGGCUCGGAGCGAGCGCCUUCGCCGGGGGUGGGUGCGACAACGCCGGCUGUGGGGAAGCGCGCGCACGCCGCCGCUUCGCACCGGGCCGUGCACGCGCGCUCUGCCGCAGGACCAUUGCAGUCGCUGGAGGUGCCAGACUGAAACCCUAUCACUUCCCGGAACCCCCGUCAUCUGAUCAUCUCAGGCGUCCAGAACCUCCUGGGGCCUCCAGGGUGUGGUGUCUGUACAGCAGCAGCAACCAUGGGGUCGGAGGACCAUGGGGCCCAGAACCCCAGCUGCAAGAUCAUGACAUUCCGGCCAACCAUGGAAGAGUUCAAGGACUUCAACAGAUACGUGGCCUAUAUUGAGUCACAGGGAGCCCACCGGGCGGGCCUGGCCAAGAUCAUCCCCCCAAAGGAGUGGAAGCCACGACAGACGUAUGAUGACAUUGAUGAUGUUGUCAUCCCAGCACCAAUCCAGCAGGUGGUAACGGGACAGUCAGGGCUCUUCACGCAGUACAACAUCCAGAAGAAGGCCAUGACUGUGGGAGAGUACCGCCGACUCGCCAACAGCGAGAAGUACUGCACCCCACGGCACCAGGACUUCGACGACCUGGAGCGAAAGUACUGGAAGAACCUCACCUUUGUCUCACCUAUCUAUGGGGCCGACAUCAGUGGCUCUCUGUAUGAUGAUGAUGUGGCACAGUGGAAUAUUGGCAACCUGAGGACCAUCCUGGACAUGGUGGAGCGUGAGUGCGGCACCAUCAUUGAGGGCGUCAACACGCCCUACCUCUACUUCGGCAUGUGGAAGACCACAUUUGCCUGGCACACGGAAGACAUGGACCUGUACAGCAUCAACUACCUGCACUUCGGGGAGCCCAAGUCCUGGUAUGCCAUCCCACCAGAGCACGGCAAGCGCUUGGAGCGGCUGGCCAUUGGCUUCUUCCCUGGGAGCUCGCAGGGCUGCGACGCCUUCCUGCGGCACAAGAUGACGCUCAUCUCACCUAUCAUCCUGAAGAAAUACGGCAUCCCCUUCAGCCGGAUCACCCAGGAGGCUGGGGAGUUCAUGAUCACAUUCCCCUACGGCUACCACGCGGGUUUCAACCAUGGUUUCAACUGUGCAGAGUCCACCAACUUCGCCACUCUGCGCUGGAUUGACUACGGCAAAGUGGCCACUCAGUGCACUUGCCGCAAGGACAUGGUGAAGAUCUCCAUGGACGUGUUUGUGCGCAUCCUGCAGCCCGAUCGCUACGAGCAGUGGAAGCAGGGCCGCGAUCUGACCGUGCUGGACCACACCAGGCCCACGGCCCUGAGCAGCCCCGAGCUGAAUUCCUGGAGCGCCUCGCGUGCCUCACUCAAGGCUAAACUCCUGCGCAGACAAAUUAGUCUGAAGGACAGCAGACCCUGGAGGAGAACUGAGGAGGAGAGGAGGCCGGGUCUAGACAGGAGGCGAGAGCAGACCAGGAGGCCGGGGCUGGCGUCACACCGGAAGCGGAGCCAACCCAAGAAGCCAAAGCCUGAAGACCCCAAGUCCCCGGGGGAGAUGGCUGCCGGGGCUCUUGUCCUGGACAUGGCAGGGGGCUAUGCCAGGGAGGAACCUACACCAGAAGCUGAUCCUGAGGAGGAGGAGGAGGAGUCGCCCCUACAGGGCCGGGAGGCCGAGAGUACUGAAGAGGAGGGCAGAGUCAAGCCACGACCCACAAGGACCAAGGGUGACCGCAAGAAGAAGAGCUCUAGCGCCCUCCUGCCCUCGCUGCCCCUGACCCCAACAGCCCCAUUCCCCACUGAGGAAGUCUUGCGGCCACAACUCCCUCUGGAGUGCCCCAGGCUGGCCCCAGGCUCCACAUCCACAGAGGAGGCCCCCCCGCUGACGCCCCUCAAUGUGGUGCCUCCCGGGGCACCAGGAGAGGAGCAGGAGGUGAGGUCCCGCUCCAUCAUCCCCAUGCUGUAUGUUAUGCCUCGUGCCACUGCCACGGCCACUCCUGAGGGGGACAGGGAACAUAUGUCCCCUGCACAGGCUGCGCCCAUGGAGCUGGCUACAUCUGAGCAGGAGGCCAAAGCCCACACCAGUGAGGGACAGGUCCCAUCUCCCUUCUCCAAGUUGAAGGUGGAGAUCAAGAAGAGUCGACGCCAUCCUCUAGGCCGGCCACCCACCCGGUCCCCGCUGUCUGUGGUCAAGCAGGAAGCCUCAAGUGAUGAGGAAACGCUCCCUUUUUCUGGGGAGGAGGACGUGAACGACCCCGAGGCCCUGAGGUCUCUUCUGUCCCUGCAGUGGAAGAACAAGGCAUCCAGCUUCCAGGCCGAGAGGAAGUUCAAUGCCGCGGCUGCCCUCACCGAGCCCUACUGCGCCAUCUGCACCCUCUUCUACCCCUACAGCCAGUCCGUGCAGCCAGAGCGGGAAACAGCCAUAGCCACUCCUGGGGAAGGGUCUGCCCCACCGCCCUCCAAAAGUGGCCAGAGGACACGGCCACUGAUCCCCGAGAUGUGCUUCACCUCAAGUGGGGAGAACACAGAGCCACUGCCUGCCAACUCUUGUGUGGGUGAUGAUGGCACCAGCCCACUCAUUGCCUGCGCCACGUGCUGCCUGCAGGUCCAUGCAAGUUGCUACGGCGUCCGCCCUGAGCUGGCCAAGGAGGGCUGGACAUGUUCCCGCUGUGCGAUCCAUGCCUGGACUGCGGAAUGCUGCCUGUGUAACCUCCGAGGGGGAGCACUACAGAUGACCACUGAGAGGAGAUGGAUCCAUGUGAUCUGUGCCAUUGCGGUCCCUGAGGUGCGGUUCCUGAAUGUGACCGAGCGCAGCCCCGUGGACAUCAGUGGCAUUCCUGAGCAACGGUGGAGACUGAAGUGUGUGUACUGCCGGAAGCGGAUGAAGAAGGUGUCGGGUGCCUGCAUUCAGUGCUCCUAUGAGCACUGCUCCACGUCCUUCCACGUGACCUGUGCACACGCAGCCGGAGUCCUUAUGGAGCCAGACGACUGGCCCUACGUGGUGUCCAUCACCUGUCUCAGACACAAGUCAGGAGCCCCAGCAGUGCAGCUGCUGAGAGCCGUGUCCCUGGGCCAAGUGGUCAUCACCAAGAACCGCAAUGGGCUCUACUACCGCUGCCGUGUCAUCGGUACCACUGCUCAGACCUUCUAUGAGGUCAACUUUGACGACGGUUCCUACAGUGACAACCUGUACCCUGAGAGCAUCACCAGUAGAGACUGUGUCCGGCUGGGGCCACCCCCUGAGGGUGAGUUCGUGGAGCUCCGGUGGACUGAUGGCAACCUCUACAAGGCCAAGUUCAUCUCCUCCAUGACCAGUCACAUCUACCAGGUGGAAUUUGAGGAUGGGUCACAGCUGACAGUGAGGCGAGGUGACAUCUUCACCCUGGAGGAGGAGCUCCCCAAGAGGGUGCGCUCCCGGCUGUCUCUCAGCACUGGCGCGCUGCAGGAGCCCAGCUUCUCUGGAGAGGAGGUCAAGGCCGCCAAGCGCCCACGGGUGGCCACCACACUGGCCCCCACUGCCGCCACCACCGAGGACUCGGGGCGCAGCCCACACUAUCUGGCUUUCAUGGAGAGCCUCUUGCAGGCACAGGGCCGGCCUGGGGCCCCCUUCUAGAGUGGUGAGCGCAGCUUGCUGUGAGCACCAGCCCUGACACUGCAGGACCCUCAAGGGUGACAGGCCGAGCAGGACCCCGUGUGGCCGGACUCAGGGAGCAGCCCCCCUUGGAUCCUGCCAUCAGCUCUGUUCUACAAAAGGUGCUACAUGGUGCCCGCAUGGCGGCCUUCGCCAGGGUCUGUCCCCCAGAGCCAGCUGUCAACAGACAAGAGGACAAGGACACCCCCGCGGAACCCAACUUGUUUCCUAGAUGUGGCUUUGCAACCAACAAAGCAGAAUGAGUCCUGGGAUAAAAGCUUCGUUUCUGUUUGUUGUUCAAAUGUCAUUUGUCUACUGAGCCGGCAGGGAAGAUGCGGGAAGCCGCAGGAGGCUCACGACAGCGGAGGACCAGGACGUGUUGGCGAUGCCAUGAUGUCACUCCUCCAGUCGCGCUCACGCCUGCAGCUCUGGCCCUGUCCUGCCUGCACACCUGCCAGGAGGCAGCUGGGCUCCUGGGUGGUCACCCACCCCUUUCCUGUAGAGUGACCCUCACUGCACCUUUAUCGCUUUUUAAGGGUCCUUCUGCAGCCGGGGUGACAGGCAGCUCAGGGGCUCCCUCAGUGGCCUGGCCAACCGCUCUGGCUUCGUUGUGGAGGACGCUGUGGGUGAGACAGGCCUAAGGCCUGCUGUCCACACUCGGAUGUGACCUGGUGUCCCUGGUCCUGCCGUGUGGCGGAGAGCAGAAGGCAAGGCUAGCAAUGUGGCCCUUGAUCCAUGCCACACCCCUCUGGGAGUCAGCAACAUUCUAGCAUCCUUCAUCCAGCCCGGACGGAGAGCAUUACCUGCAUAUAAACAUGAAAAACUGAUGGCCAUAGGCCAGAGAACUGAGAGGGAUGGGCCUAGGGCAUGGGGACUGCGUAGAGACUUCCAGAAGUCCUGCUCUUAAGCAGCCCUGCCGCCUGGCCAUUGCUGUGUCCACGUGUAGUUUGAAAGUGCUAUUUAUAUUGUCAAGAGACAAAAGGUUCCAUGUCUGGGCCUGGAGGGGAAGGUUGUGCCCAUUGUGGCAGGUUUCACCCCCUCAGUUCCAGGAUGGCUUUGCAGGCAGGCCACAGAGCUACAGAUAGGAAUCACAAUUCCCCACAGAGAAAUCUGUGUCUUUGUGCAAAAGAAAACCACCAGUCCCCACCCCAAUUUUGUUCCCUGCCCAAGAAGCAGGUCGCUCCGCAUUUUGCCUCAUUUCCCCCGCCCCCCCCACCUCCAUUCAGGAUGAAUUAAAUGCUGAGAAGCACUUGGAAUUCCCA